AGCAAUUGUGCAGUAUGGAAGCCAACACGUUCCCAUAAAGAACUCUCAACUCCAACUCCAUGACGAUGACGAUGACGAGAGCUACCAAAAGACUGAACUUUAGUCUGAGGUUCAAUUUGUUUUUGCUGCUUUUGAUGCUACUGCUAAAUGGCGUUCACAUGGAACUGAUCGAUGCCAACGAGGAAGAAGUUGAUCGUUUUUGUUAUCCGGAAAAGCAUCGGAAUACGCGACACUCCUGUGAGUGCAGCAAUGUGAGUGCUUCCCCAUUUGGCAUGCGUGCUCUUCACAUUGACUGCAGCUACAAGGACUUCAAGACGGAGGAUCUGACAGAGCUGCUGCCACUCUACAUAGAUACGCUGGAUCUCUCCUGGAAUGGCUUAAAUCGUGCUCCGGUUUUCAACAGCGACAGUUUGCGUCAAUUGAAUCUGAUGCACAACAACAUUAGCUCCAUUUUGGCCAACAAUUUUGGACAUUUGGUGAGUUUGCAUGAACUGUUUCUGGGCUGGAAUAGCAUACAACAGUUGGAUGCACAAUCCUUUGCUGGUCUGCCACAUCUGCUGGUGCUCAAUUUGGCGCACAACAAUCUACACUCGCUGCCGGCACAGAUCUUUGCUCCUUUAUUGAUGCUGGCCACAUUGGAGUUGUCGUGGAACCGUCAGCUAAAUCAUAGCAUUACCCAGGAUAUCUACAGCAGCUAUGGCAUUAAUAGAAAACUGAAGGCACUGCGCCUGGAUGCCUGCAAUCUGAAUGAACUUCAAUUGCCCAAGUCGGCGCCACUGCGAGAGCUUUCGUUGCGUCGCAAUCUUCUCCAGCGUGUGCCGCGCCAGCUGCCCAUCUCCCUGCAGCGCCUGGACAUCAGUGAAAAUGGAUUGGAGCAACUGCAGCCGGAUGAUACACGAAAUCUGGCCGAGUUGAAACAACUUUAUGUGGAGGAUAUGCCCCAUUUGAGGGGUAUUAAUGCCCAUGCACUGUCGGGUCUUCAGCUCGUCGAGUCCAUUAGUUUCCAGAACAGUCGCAGUCUCAACUACAUCGAUGGUGAUGCCUUCGUCACAGAGUCGGGAAAUUUAACCUUACCUCCACUGCAUUCCCUGAUAUUUCGUGGCACACUUGUGCGUUCUUUUAAUGCCAGUUUGUCGCCAGUUUUUAGCCAACUCACCGAACUGGACCUCAAUGGUGUGCCGCUUAACUGUGAUUGCCAGCUAGUCUGGCUCAAGAAUCUGGCCAUCCAGACAAACGGACGUUGUUUGCGACCCGCCCGAAUUCGUGGCAUGCUCAUCAGCUCCGUGCGACGUGACGAGUUCAGCUGUGAAGUGUGGCCCAGAUGGGUCUAUGGACUGGUCAUAUUGGGUCUCAUUGCCCUCUGUGCCGCUGGCGUUUAUCUAAUUGUGAUGGGACUGCGACCACAUCGAGGUGUCACCAUGCGAAGGAAGGUUGGAGCUGGUAGUCCCUAUGCCCGUGUUACCAUCGAGCCCAAUCGACAGGAGAAUGUUCACUAAGUCAUUUUCUUUAAUAGGCCAGAUAAGUCUACUUCUUAAGUCUGUGUUAGUUUUUUAUAUAACUUAAAUAAAUUCUAAAAAUCAAA